AUGGAGAGAUCGAUCGAUGACAUCGUUAAGAGCCUGUUAAAAUUCGUUGUGCGCGGAUUUUACGGAGGUCCUUACGUUUUGGUUCUGGAUGCUAUUUUGUUUCAUUCUGUUUUGUCAGAAGAAGAUCUUGCUCAUCUGCUGGGUAUAAAAAGACCUGAACUUCGUGGACUUUUAACCAAAUUGCUGGAAGAUAGAAUCAUAGCUCUUCAUUCUCAGCAGGAGUUCCACUUCAACACGAGAAGUAUCAAAAGGUACUAUUACUAUAUAAAGUACCCGCAAGCGAUUGAUGCGAUCAAAUGGAAAGUUCACCAAAUGGUGUCCAAACUUAAAGACGAUUUGGUGAAAAAUUCUGCUCCUCAGGGAUACAUGUGCCCCGUGUGUCAAACGAAGUACACCCAACUGGAAGCGAUUUCGCUAUUAAAUUUCGAAAAGACGCAGUUUCUGUGCAGUUUGUGCGACGAGCCAUUGGUAGAAGACGAUUCCGGUAAAAAAUCCAAGGAAAAGCAAAUGAAACUUAACAGAUUGAUGGAUCAGGUUCAGCCAAUCAUUGAUUACCUCAAGAAAAUUGACGAUUCUCGGAUCGAAGAGAACACUUUCGAAACAUCUCUUGCGAGACUCAUUCCGCCUCAAAACAACUCUGCAGCGUCGUAUACCGUCAAUCCCAAGGCGAAAAAGAGCAAAAUGUUUACGCCUGGCGAAACAGAUGGCUCGCUUGACAAUGAGAGCAGCAGGAGAGCUGGCGCGAAAUCUCAAGCCACAUUGCACGUUAGCAUCACAACCGCCAGCGACGAACAGGCACGUAACGAGUUGCGUGAACGUGAGCUGGAAGAAAAACGCAAGCAAAAUGCUUUACCAGCAUGGCACGAACAAAGUACGGUCGGCGAGUCAGCUCUUGGGAGACUUGAUGGCGAGGAAAUUCCUGAGACGACUAACGGUGAACAAGUUAAGAGAGAAAACGGCAACGAAGAGUUUCCAGAAGUUGAAACUGAAGAAGCUGACGCUGCUCUUUCUGUACAACAGCUACCACCGCUCACCGAGAAAGAGAUAGAAGAGCGGGAGGCGGAGAAGACGUUGGCAGAUUAUUACGCACAACUGGCUAAAAAGCAAGCACUUGAAGAAGAAGAAGAAGAGGAAGAGGAUGAAGACAAUGACGACGAAGCUAUGGAUGCAGAGUUUGAAGAUGUGAUGGAAAACGAAAACAAUUCCCUAGAGCAAGGCGACAACGACCAAAAUGAAGAUGACAAUGACGGUUUAGAAGAUGUAGAGCUCGUUGACGUUACAUCAGAGAAACAACCCGUCUCCGCGAAACCUGAAGAUGACGAAGACCUCGCUGACUUUGAAGACGUUUGA